CUCCUGCAAAAGUUUACGCACGUUUGAUCUUUCAAAAUAUUUUUUUGGGUAGGGCUUUUGAUUGUCAAAUUUAAACCUUUCGACGAUGACAAAAAGUUAAAUAGUACCCCUGAGGAAGACACCCAACUAUGUCCGGCAGAUUGCAAAUGGCAUUAUCAUCUAACAUGGCUGGAGAAUCUCGGAACUUGGGAAAUGGACAUAAUACUAAUGCAGCAUCACCUUUGAAAAUUUUCGGACAUGCUAAAAGUAAAAUUCGACAAGUGUUUAAAAAUAUUGAUGAAUAUGUUACAGAAAGUGAUAGAUUCUUAUCAGGUGUUCCUGCUGAAGAGAGAAUCGUAGAUGCAAUGCAGAUAGAGAAUGUAAAAGCUUAUAGAGGAAAAAUUAGAGGCAUUAUAGAUGUGCUGAACAGAGACCAUAUGAAAGUGGCCUUCUUUGGCAGGACCUCCAAUGGCAAGAGUACUGUGAUCAAUGCAAUGUUGCGUGACAAGAUUCUUCCCUCUGGUAUUGGACACACCACCAUAUGCUUUGUGUGUGUGGAAGGGACAGAUGAGCCAGAGGGCUAUCUUCUCCAAGAGGGUUCAGAUGACAGGAAACAAAUCGGGGAUGUACAAAAGCUUGGGAGUGCCUUGAGUUCCACGAAAGCAUCAGAGGACUCAAUGAUCAGAAUCAAUUGGCCGAAAGACAAGUGCAACUUACUGAAAGAUGAUGUUAUCCUUGUAGAUAGCCCUGGUAUAGAUGUCCACCCUAACACAGAUGUUUGGAUUGAUAAGUUCUGUAUGGAUGCUGAUGUGUUUGUACUUGUUUCAAAUGCUGAAUCAACCCUCAUGCAAACUGAAAAGAAUUUCUUUCAUAAAGUCAGUGAACGUUUAUCAAAGCCUAACAUCUUUAUCCUGAACAAUAGAUGGGAUGCUAGUGCUUCUGAACCAGAGUAUGCAGAACAGGUGAAGCGCCAACAUUUGGAGCGAGACAUUGAUUUCUUGGCCAAUGAGCUAAAGGUGUGUUCUAAGACAGAAGCUGAAGAUAGAGUGUUCUUUGUAUCAGCCAAAGAGGCCCUUAUAUCACGGUCCCCACACACCAGCACUCCCACCAGUGUCUUAGCCGAGGGGUAUCAGGCAAGGCUCUUUGAGUUUGCUGAUUUUGAAAGAAAAUUUGAAGAAUGUAUAUCUAAAUCAGCUGUAAAGACAAAAUUUGAACAGCAUACAGUAAGAGGAAAAAGUAUAUCUAGUGAACUGAUGGCAGUUUUGGACAAUGUCUUUGAAAGAGCUAUUCAUAUGAAAGCUGAGAAGUACAGUACACGAAAGGAACAUGCAGACAAGCUAGACUAUGUAGACAGACAACUAGAUAUGAUGACUAAAGAUAUUAAAAGCAAAAUAUAUGAGAUGACAGAGGAAGUGGAAAGAACAGUUUCAAGUGCACUGAAUGAAGAAAUUCGACGACUUUCUUUACUAGUGGAUGAAUUUGAUCGACCCUUUCUACCAGAUAGAGUCAAUAUGGACAAUUAUAAAAAGGGUUUGCAUGCCUACGUAGAGAAAAGCUUGGGUCGGAAUUUACAGUCACGCUGCUCUAAAGCACUCACAAUAACAGUGGAAGAGGAGUCCCGGCAAAUGACAGAAAAAAUGGUAGCACUCCUUCCAGAAGAACAAAAACAAAAUACACUGAACUUCUUGCCACGAAGAGACUUUGAGAUUGCUUAUAAGCUGGAUUGUCGCAACCUGUGUGCAGAUUUUCACGAGGACCUAGAGUUCAGGUUUUCGUAUGGCAUAACGGCUCUUGUCAAUAGAUUCAUGGGCCCGAAACAGGCCUCAAUGAUACUUGGUCGAGGAUUUGUGCAAAAUAUUCCCCGUUCAAUGCCCAUGACACCCCAGACACCAACUAACGAGGCCCACCGAACCAUGGGAUCAGAUGAUAAUGAGGUGUUGCUAGCCCUCUUGGCCACUUUCUCAUCACUCUACUCAAGGACCACUGUGGGUGCCCUGGCUGUAACUGGUCUAGUGGCCAAGGCUGCUGGAUGGCGCAUACUAGCGCUAAGUGGUGCUAUCUAUGGCCUGUUAUAUCUUUAUGAGAGACUCCUAUGGACCAACAAGGCCAAGGAACGCAAGUUCAAGCAUCAGUAUGUGAAGUAUGCCUCCAGUAAACUGAAGCUGAUUGUUGAUCUUACUGGUGCUAACUGUAGUCACCAAGUGCAACAGGAACUGUCUACCACUUUCACACAACUGUGUCAACAGGUGGAUCUAUCCAAGGCAGACCUCCAAGAGGAGAUUAAGAAACUCAACAAAGAAAUAGGAAAGUUGGAAGAGAUUGGUGCACAGUCAAAAAGUUUACGGAACAAGGCAAGUUACAUAGACAGUGAAUUGAACAGUUUUAUCCUGACAUACCUGAAACAGAAGGAUUGA